AUGACUGAAGGAUUAUUAUAUGCGGAUCAUUUUUGGGGCGAUAAACAUCAUGGUUUCCAGGUUGGUUUUUCUCUCAAAUUUAACCUUGAACCUUUGAAAGUCCGGAAAUUGUCACAUUUUUUCUCUAUUUUAAAAAUAAAAGAAUUUAUCAUUGAUAAACUAGUUAUUGGCACCUCCCUCCCACUUUCUGAAAAAAUAGAGAGAAAAAAUAUUUUGGUGACUAAAGAAAAAUUAAAUGGAAAAAAAUGAUGCUAGAAAAUUUGAAGGUGCUCCAAGAGAAUAUGAAAAGAAGUGAGGAGACGUGUAAUGAAGUGACACAAUUUGUGAAGGAUCGAUUGACUGUAGAGGAUGAAUAUGUGAAAGCAAUUAAUAGGAGUGUAAAUAAGGUGAGAAUUAUUUUAUUUGAAAUUUGAACACACUUAGAGGAACUUGUAGUGGGCCAGAGUGAAAUUUCGAAUAACAAACCAAAUUUGAAUUUUUUUGAAGUUCCAAAUCUUGGCUAAGGUUGUGGUUUCUAAAAAACAAAUUGCACUCAAAAAUUUUGCUUCUCAACUUCAAAGAUCCCACGACAUUGAAUAAGAAACUUUUAAGAAUGUGCGGCUGGAAAUCCAUGUUGAACUCUAAAAAUUACAAUUCGUUUUUUUUUCCGAAAAAGUUACUUAUUUUCCAUAAUUUCAACUUUUUCCAAAAGAACUACAAUUUUUCUAGGUCACAAGUUUUAUCAACAAUGGUUCAAGUAUCGAGCAAAUUUGGCAUUUGACAAAAAACACAAUGGAAUUAUUAUCAGAAAUACAUUUAAUGUUAGUGAAAAAUCUACAAGAUUUAUCAAAAGAAAUGCAAAAAUAUAAGGACGAUGUUGGAAAAACGAGAAAAGAAAUGAAACAACCAAGUGUGGCAGAUGCUGUGAAUUUGAUGCAGACAACAACGACAUGUUUACAGAAAGCUAAAGAGACUUAUUAUCAUAGAUGCAAUGAGUUGGAAAAAGCGAGGAAGGAAUAUUCGGCAAAUAAUAAGGAGAUUAGUAAGGUGAGAGUUUUUCGAAGAUCUUUUUUUUUGAAAUUUCGGUUUAUUUUUUGGAAAACGGACAAAUUUAAAAUUUUAAAUAUAAAGUUUUACGAAAAACAAAAUUUUUCGAAUUGUUUCAUCAAAAUCUUUUUCUGCCGAAAAAAGCUUGUAUUUUAUUGUGUGAAAUAGUUAGUUUUUUUUAUCAUUCACACAAGGUGACAAUCACACAUUUUACGUGGGAAAAAAAAUUUUCAAAUAUUUUUUCUAAAACUUAAAAUUUCUAUAAAAACUUUAUCAAAUCAAAUAUUUCUUUGCAGCUUGAAUCAAAAGUGGCACGAGCACGAGAAGAAUAUCAAACAUAUGUAGAUAAAUAUGAAACAGUUCGAGAGGAUUUCGAGACAAAAAUGAGCGAAUCAUGCAAACGUUUUCAAACUUUUGAUAGAUCUCUUUAUGCAUCAAUUCAACAAUAUAUUUUCUUAUAUGCAACACAUUCCACUGAAAUGUCACAAGCUUCAAUGCAGGUUACUGAACAGUUUCGAGAAUCUAUUCAACAUUUGAAUGCGGACGAAUUUGUGAGGAAGUUUUUGAAAUCGAAAAGCACCGGGAUUGAUAAACCACGUGAGUGUUUAGAAUUUUUGAAAAUUCUCGAAGUUUCUUAAAAUGUGUAAUUUUGAAAUACAUUUUCGGCACCUCCAAAAGAAUUAAAACUCAUUCUAAUUUUAUUUUUUAAAAUCAUAAAUUCAUUUUUUUUUCCAGCGCAUGUAAUUUUCGAAGAACCUGAAAACUCGCCAACUCUCAAUUCAAAGGAAAUCAAUGAUAUAAUUUCAGGUUUGUGUUACAUAAAAAGCUAUAAUUAUCCAUAUUGUGCACUUGAGCUCCCCUUCUCUAAUCUUUUUCUAUUUUCUUUUGAUAUUUGAAAAUAAUAAUCCGUAUAGGAUUUUCUUCAUACUUACAUUAAUAGAAAUAAAAAGAAACAUAAAAUAUCUUUUAUUUUUCUUAUCAUAUUUUUGUUUCGCUUAUAGUGAAACAAAAAUUGAUUGCUUCUCUUUUACACUGAUGAUCUUUUGUCCAUUUUUCUAGCCAAUUCAAUGCCAUCAUCUUGUUCGUCAUCUGGAAUUCAAGAAACAAUGACAACAACGCCGACGGCGAACACUGUUGAUUUAUUAAUGAUGGAUACAAUUGGUGAAGGUUGUAUUGAAAAUCAUAGUAGUGGAACUGGAGCCGAUGAAAAGGUAAGAUCAAAAUUUUUGAAUCGUAUUUUUUUUCGUACUGAAAUCGAAAAACACAUUUUUAUGGUCACUCACAAUUGAAAAUUCCAGAAGCUAUGUCUGAAUCAAAACUCCCUAGGGAAUUUUUCUCAAAAAAUCUAGAACUCGCAUAAAAAAUUUUCCAUAAGUUUUCUUAACAUUUAUGAGACAAUUUUUUCAAAUUCCCUCGACGAUUUUUCAUAUGAAUAUGACUUGUGGUCUUGAAAUUCUUUAGAUUCCAAGAAAUCUAAAAUUAAUCCCCUCUCAGAUAAGCUUCGAUGAAGGAAUUGUGCCGGAAAAGAAGACAUCAUUCUCAAAUGGCCCGGCUGCCAAAAAACUAUCAAUGUUUAUGAACAAACGAAAGAAGACAAUAUCAUCGAGUAGUAUUGAUGAUGUUCCCGCCGCUGCUGAAUCAUUCAGUGCUUCUGGUCUGUUCAACAAGUUUUCGCGAGAAAAACGGCGAUCGAAAAAAGAUAGUGAAGGAGGAGGAAGUGGAUUGAGAGCGUCAGUUUGGUUGGUUUUUGAUUAUUAUUCUUUUGGGUGUUUUUGUUUUGUUUCAUAUCAUCAUGUCAUUUUUUUAGUAUGGAUGAUGGUCAAAGUACUGCAAGUAGUUCAAAAAGUGAUGAUAAGGUAUUAAAUGGAAAUACAAAUCCAUUAGAUAUGCCGAUUGAUCGACCAAGUGUUGAUGAAGAAGGUUAUGUUAUUCGAGAGGAUGUUGGAGAUAAAGAGGAUACGAAUUGGUCGAGUUGUUCGAGUGACGAGGUUGGUAUUUUAAAACGGAAAUGUCGAAUUAGCCAAUUUCCGAGAAGCAAAUUAUUAAUAUAUUUUUCCCCGUUUUUUUAGGACGACGAAAACGAGAUGCAACAAUCGAAAAUUCGUGCAUUGACAAUUCGGCCAGCCGAUCGACCUGUUCAUAUGAAUGCGUCUGUGGAUGAAUUGCGUGAUGCGAUUGGAAGUAUUACACUGACAAGAAGUACGACUUUUGAUAGAGAUCCUUGGACAAUUGGAGGAACUCGUGCACCUCCGCGUUUCUCACAAUCGAUGAAUGUUUCGAGUUUGCGACAACCGCUUAGAUCACAUCAUACGGCAGAUGGAAGAUUUAGGACUAAUUUUAGUGGUGAGUGGAUAGAGAGAAAUUUUUCAUAAGCUAAGUAUUCAAUAAUUACGACACUUAAAUUAUAAAAUCCCCAAAAGAUUUUUUCUAGGCAAGCUUGUACAAGUCCGAGAAAAAUAGAAAAUUUUUAUGACCUAACUUGGGAAGGUUGAAGUCGUAAAUUACAUCAGCGAGUGUGUCGUAACAAAACACAUUUUUAGAGGAAGUCUUUUUUAUAUAGUGAAGCCCUUUAGUGAGAGAAGAUUAUUUUUUCAAAAAAAAAAAAAAAUAAAUAAAAUUUCCCUAUUUUGCAUUCAUAUUCAUCAAAAAUUACAGAAUCUGAGGACUCGAAUGUGCCGCCUGCGUUCUCGGUUUCGAUGAAUGCUGGAAUGGGAAUUGCAAGAGCGCGACCUAGAUCAAACACUCCGACUACGAGUCAACUUAUGAGUAGAAAAGAAUCAACGAGUAGUUUUUGUGAUCCGUGGUCGUCGACAUUCAAUUUGGCACCAAGUGAAUCAAAUCAUUCACUCGGGGAAUCGUCGUUUAAUUUAUCACAAUCAACUGGAAAUCUAAUGCAAGCAACAAUUAGUGAACAAAGAAUUCCAAUUGCGAUGGCUGUUAAUGAAUAUUCGCAUGUUUGGUUUAAGAAAGCUGAUUUGACACAAUGUGUUCAACGAACAUUUGGAACUGUUAUGAUAUCUUUUGCAUCUUCAUCAAUUGCACUUUUGACAUCUGUUCAAUAUGAAAUUGAACCACUUGCAUUUAAAUUAACAAAUACUGAUUGUAUCAAAGCUGUUCUUCCCAAUAAACAACUCAUUGAUGAAUCACAAAGUAGAAAAGAUGCUGAUGGAAUAUACACAUUUUAUUUUAAUAAGGCAAAUCUAGCUAGCUGGCUGUUAGCCCAACAAAAACUAAAACCUGAGGCAGGAUUUAUUAAUGCCGAAGUUGCUAGAUAUGAACUCGAUUCAACAGCACCUUCAAAUUCUCAACCUCCGCUAUUUCUCACUGCUUAUUGGAAAUUCGAAAAUGAACAUACAGGUCAGAUAUUUUCAAAAAUCAAAAUGAUCUUGUUCAAAGUUAAUUUUUUUUAGAUAUUCGAGUGGAUUAUCGAUUAAAUACCGAAUCAUCUAUCAAAGUUCCAUUGUUGAAUGUGAGCUUUACCACAACACUUACUGGAAAUAUUGAAAAUUGUACAUGUGAUCCGGAUGCUAAAUGGUUUGUUCUCUUUUUCCUUCACCGCUUUUCCAAAAAAAUAUUUGUUUUCUAGGAACUCGGAAAACUCUAACCUAUCUUGGAGUAUUUUGGAAAUCUCGCGAAAUGGUGAAGUUGGCGGAUCAUUGAAAGCAAGAGCUCACUUGAAAACAAGCGAUGAAGUGAAUUUUGAGACUUUGAAUCGAAAACCGGCGCAAGUUUAUGCGCAAUUUCAAUGUCAUGAGACAAGUCUUUCGGGAGUCGAUGUUUCGCUAGUUCAAUCGGAUAUUUAUCAUUUAUCAAUGGUUCGAAAGAAGGUUUUGGCCGGAAAAUAUUUCUGUGAUCCUGAAUUGCGAACUUGA